GAGACGACGCUCCCAUUGGCUGAGCUGAGUGUCUGUCUGCUUCGGCGUCCCUGGGAGGCCGGCGCGCGGCCGAGCCCGGCCGGAGGACAAGGAAGAGAUGGUGCGGUUCAAGCACAGGUACCUGCUGUGUGAGAUCGUCUCCGAAGACCCCCGCUGCCGGCAGUGCAUCGACGAGCGGGCGGUGGGCGCUGCGGCGAAGGAUGCCGUUGCCCGGACCCACGGGGACUACGGGCUGGCCUGCUGCUUCAUCGCCUUCACAGUGAAAUAUCUCAAUGCCUAUACAGGCAUAGUUCUCUUGCGUUGCCGAAAGGACUUCUACAGGCUCCUAUGCUCAGCUCUUCCCUUUAUCACUUACUUAGAGAACAGGAACCAGCGUUAUUCCUGUUUCUUCAACACACUACAUGUUGGAGGGACAAUAAGAACAUGUCAGAAGUUCCUUGUUCAGUACAAUAGGAAACAGCUGCUGCUAUUAUUGCACAACUGCACCAGUGAAGAGGAAAGACAGUCCAUCCAGAAGUCACUGUUAAGCUGUUGCCUUAAGGAAGUAGAGGAGGAGCAGUCUCAAAGUGGGGAUGAAGAAGAUGACACUGCAGAGACUGACUGAACAUAAACCUAAAAACUAGUGCCGUGCCUCCUGAGAGACAAGCAGAUAACUUGCAGUUAAAAGAGAUCCUGGGCUUUUUACUCUAUGCUGAGCAGAUAAGGAUCAAGGCAUCCUAUUCCCCACUCUUUUAAACAUAUUUGAUUUUUUGGAAAUAAAGCAAAGGGUAAAAUGUUGCUUUAUUGUAAAAUCACUGUGCAGCAGUCUUAAACUCAACUACAGCACUCUUCAGUUACUCUGUUUAAGCAGAAAGUCUGAAUCUCUUCAAGCCAAGAGGGGGAAAAUGGAGUGGCUGGAUUUUUAAUGGCAAGGGAGGCAUAAGCAAGCUCUUAUCAAAAGGAUUUAUUUGAAGGAUAGAGCAGGGGGUUUUUUUUGUUUUUUUUUUUUUAAUAAAAACAGGUCCAAGGACUUCUCUAAGUUAACCUCCAACUACACCCAGCUAGGGGAAUCAUAUCCUAAUACUGGAUCAUGCUUGCUUUUCUAUAGCAGAAGAGAUGAAACUGACUUAAUAUGCCAUCUUUGAGGAUGGUAAAAUAUAGUGCCCUGCGUGUGUAGUCUCUGUUUCUAAACUGUCAAAGAAGCAGUUUGAAUAACUACUCUACUACCCUCAGCAAAACACUAAUAUCUACCUCUGGGUUUUGAUUGAAGUGUGCUCGUAGUGUAUUAAUUCACACUAGUGAGGAAAGGUGCCCCAUUGCUGGUAGAAAAAUGUGAGGGCCCCCUCCCAAAAGUGUUCUUCCUCCCCCCUAAAGUAUCUAUAGAAUCAUAACAUUAGUAAAGUUUAGACUGCAGAACAGCCAGUGUAGCAGGCAUUACAAAUCAAGCUCAAGAUAUUCAUAGGAGUUGGUGUAAAGUUUUAUACUGAUUUUUUUCCCCCAAAGUUUUCCCAUCAUUGAACUAAUUCAGCUCCUCACAUAGAAGGGGUAUAGACAAGGCUUUGGGGAGCUGCCAGCACCUUCUCUAAACCAAAACUACUCCAUGCAACUUGACUAUUGAAGUUGCUCUUGGCUGCAGGAGCAAGUAGUGGGAUGUUUUCAGUUGAGUCCUGGUGUAAACAAAGCAGUCUGCCCUAUGUCAGAUAGAGACAUACCUACUUUGUGUUAAAUAAAAUGGAUUGCAAAGGAAGGGGUAGGUUGGACAGUGGCUGCUUUAAGAAGCCUGAAAGAUUUAUAGGGAAGUUUAGUUUUAGUCCCAUCUCAAAAAAAAAAAAAA